UCUGAUGUAUCAAUUGAUUUAACUUUUUUUUCAAAUAUAGUUGAUUUUUCGUAUUUAAGAACGUGAUUUUCAUUUAAUAUUAUUUAUAAUCGUAAUAUAAUAAGCUAACUCAUCAUGAAAACUGCCUUACUUUCAGUGUUAACUUUAGCCGUUUGUACCAUUGAUAGUUCUUCACUAAAAUCCUACAGAAUAUUCGGGGGACAAAACGCGAAAGAAGGUCAGUUUCCUUACCAAUUAUCGCUUCAAGGUCCACACUUAGAAAAUUUGAAUCCUAACCAGCACUACUGCGGAGCCAGCAUCCUUUCUCAUAACUGGAUUGUUACCGCAGGACAUUGCUGUUUAGAUAACGUUACUGCAACCCGUAUAAUUGCAGGAAUAAUAAACGCUGCUGGCGAGGACAGCGAAUACAAACAGGAGAGAAGUAUUGCUGAAGUUUAUGUACAUGAGGAUUUUAUUGGCGGUGCCAAUCCACAUGAUAUCUGCCUCAUUAAAAUAAACAAACCAUGGGUUUAUAACGACAGAGUUCAACCCAUAGCUCUUCCAGUCCAAGACUUAAACAUCAUAGGAGAAGUCGUUGCAUCUGGUUGGGGAGAAUCUGCUCCAGAUUAUUUUCCUGACAUGUUGCAAUGGCAAAAAUCAGAAAUGCCAGAUGAAGAGACUUGUGUGAAUUUGUGUGACAAAAUCGAAGCAAACCCCUACGAUAGUCUUGCAAAUGUAUGUACAGCAAAUCCUGAAGCUGAUCAUGGUGUUUGUCAUGGGGAUUCCGGUAGUCCUUUGGUUUUAGAUAAACAGUUAGUUGGAAUAGGAUCUUGGGUAUUUGGUCCAUGUGGUAGAAAAGGCGCUCCAUCUGUGUUCACCAGAGUAAGUCACUAUGUUGCGUGGAUCAAGCAACAUGUUACUGAAUUGUAAUACAAGUAUGUCAAUAAAUAUAGGUCAUUAAAGUAUAAAAUAAA